AGAGGCGAUAUUGUAAACACGAUCUGAUAUAUUAUUAAGUACAAUGCACUUUGUUAUUUGUUUUAAUGACAUAAGUAAAUGUAAAACAAACCUGGAUGGUUUCUAUACAUCACCUUAUGAUGAAUAAAACAGAGCACCAAUGAGCAAUGCUCAUCGUUGGUAGAAAAGGCUAAUAGAUAGUUUCCGUUUAGUAUUGUAUUUGUAAGUACCUUAUGGCUAUCGCUAGUGAAACAGAAUAAGUAAAAUUAACAAUUUCCACAUUCAAGUGCAAUGUAGAAUGACUCCCGAUCGAAUAAGCUAAACGAACCACACAAUUGAAGUAUACUUGUGCCAUGCACGUACAAUCGUAAUUAUGUCCUGAAUUCCAAUUUAAACCAUUUUGAAAGUUGAAGAUAACUAAUUAGAACAAAGACCAAUUGUGCUGAUUUUGCGGCAAAAAAAUAAUGUCGUGAAAAUGAAGACAAAUAUCAGCUAGAAAUAGACAAUUGUAACAGGGUUUCUUCUAGACAAAUAUCAACUAGAAAUAGACAAUUGUAACAGGGUUUCUUCUAGACAAAUAUCAACCAGAAAUAGACAAUUGUAACAGGGUUUCUUCUAGACAAAUAUCAACUAGAAAUAGACAAUUGUAACAGGGUUUCUUCUAACAAGAAUAACUGACGAAACGUCUGUAGGGUUCAGGUCUCAAUGCAUUUAUUCGGACACAGUGAUGGAAUAUACAAUCUAUCUAUCUCUGGAUAUAGACCUGAAAUAUGAUAAAACAACGAUAUAAUAUUAACUUAACAACCAAAGCCUAUGCUAAACGAUAUUUAAUCUUCCUGAUUUCCAUCAAGAUACGUUUAUUAUUAAAGGGAGAUAACUCUAAAGACACAUCAUGUUGCAAAAUAGUAUUUUUCCCGUAAAUAUUCAUAAUAAGUAAUUAAUAAAAUAAAACAACAAUAUUGUCAUACCCUUCUAUGGUAAGAAGCGUCCCUAAAAGAAAAUUACUGCUUGAACAAUAUAUCAGGAUUGACUCUAUAAUUCGAUAAAGUACCAUGUAUGUACAAUGUAACAUCACUUCCAUCAAUUAAGCUAAAUGUUUGAUUGCUCGUUUUGAACAAAGUCAUCAGAUAUUUUUGAUAAGCAUAAAAUCUAUGUAAACUGAUUUUAUAUCACCUUACAAUAUAGUGAGAUAUAUAACUGAAUUCUUUAAUCAAUAUAAGGGAUAAUUUUGACUCAUUCAUUCAUUCUUUCAGUCAUUUAGCAAAAGUGCAAACGGGAAGUUUAUAUUGCAAAUAUACAGAAUAUACUUUUAAUUAACUAGUAGCAAUAGGAAUUAGUAUAAUUACAUGUAUGUUACUUACCAGAAUUCAAGGAUUUUGCAGUCUGCUGUCAGUAUUAAACUUUUUCUAAACAUCACGUCAAUUCAAAUGUCUACCUAGCCUCUAAAUAAUAGUAAUACUGCUCAAAACUGGCGGUAAAACUAUAGAACCGAGAAAACCAACCAAAUGCAACUUGACAAUCACUGACCAAUAAAAACCCUUCAUACAAAAUGACCACACUCAGAUCCAAGACCAAAGCCCCCAAUUUAUAUAAAUUGUACAUGCACCUUUGUGUAGUAGUGUAAAUAAAGGGGUGGAUCGAAGAUCUAAAUAUGUAUGAAUAUGAAAAUAUACAUUUGUCAGUAAUGGAUUAUCAAAACUUAGUAAUAAUUAUUAAUAAAACACUCUGGUUGACCUUUCAUCAUCUUAAACCACAACAAUAUGUUAAUACGUUGAUUUAAGGAAUGUAUUUAUUAUUUUUUCGUUGGAUGGGGGUAUACCACAAAAUAAAAAGACUGAAAACUGCACCAUUGCGCGUAGUGCAUGAUGCAACAGUUUUCCGUCGUUUUUUCUUUGGGGGGUGGGUGGGUGGGGUGGGGGUGGUAUAACUCCAUCCAUCGAAAAAAUAAUGAAUUCAUUCCUUAUCAUAUAAUAUUUUAAAACAUUGAGUUUAUAUGAUAUAACAUGAGAUGAUUUGAGUUGAAUUAACGAUUUAUUCAGGGACAUAUAUUCUAUGUCAUUUCAAGAUGGGCGUAGUAAUUUGUGAAUACACAACUUAAAAAAAACUUCAAAUCCGUUAAUGACGGAUUACAUGAACUGUUGUUUACUGUUGAGCAAACGAGUUUCAUGUGGACUGAAUAAUGCAGUUUUAAAAUCCUAAGUAAGUCCUGUUGAGAGAAAAUUGCUGGAAGUUUUUGAAUGGAAGUGAAAUGAAGUGCAAGUUUCGAUGUCGGUGCUAAUAUCAGCAAUCGUGGGACACGUGUAUGAUCAUGAUGUGAGAUGCCAGGUUCUUAGGGUCGUCAUGGCUUCCAUGUGGAUAAGUGAGUGUUACAGAGGGUUUUUUUUUUUAGCUUUAUCAGUGAGUUCCUAAAGUUGUUGGCUGUUGUAACGUCGUACGGAAGCCUCGUUUUGGUACCCACUCAGAAACAUAUGCCGGAGUUCGAAACCAUAGUCGUCAAGGGCUACGCUAUUGCAACAUCUCUGAGGCAGUCUGCGGUGUAUCUGGCAUUUGGGUUUAUAACAUGAAGGAAUAUGCUGCAAGGUGCAAACUGGACUAUUGUCAUCCCCGGUUGAAUGCAAGGUUAAGAUAUCGAACAGUGAUCAAUCUCAUAACUCCUACAAGCAAUACAAAAUAGAUAGUUGGGCAAACACGGACCCCUGUACACACCAGAGGUGGGAUCAGGGCCGGGAUUCAUAAAAAUUCUAAGAAAAUUCUUAGAUCUCAUACUUAAGUAGUAAAAAAAUUCUUAGCUAAGAAAAAUACUUAAGUAUUAAUUCAUAAAAAUGUUAAGCAUAAUUCUUAACUAAGUUUCAAUCUUAGAAAAAUGAAACACUUAAGUAGAAAUUCUAUGGCAACGCGAACGAUUUCCCGGAAUUUUUACCGCACUCUCCAGCAAAAGAGGUAAAAAGUUGAGGAUAGUGAUGUCAACAACAACAUCAUGGAAUCCAAGCAGACGAAAAGAAAGCCUAAUUGGAAUGCUGAUGAAACGCUUGCCUUGGCUUCGUUAGUAGAAGAGAACAAGCAUAUCCUGAGGGGGAAAUUAGGGCCCACUUUAACCUCCGAGAUGAAGCACCGCACUUGGCAAAGUAUUGCCGAAAGACUAGCCGCGAUGGGGGUGGGUCCAGCUAGGACAGCGGUGGAAGUGGAGAAGAAGUGCCACAACGUCUUCUCCAAAUCUAAAUCUGAAAUCUCAGAUCACAGAAGAGUUGUGGCUGGGACAGGCGGGGGCCCACCACCAAAACCUCUCAGCGCAGUUGCCACAACAGUGUGUGGUGUGGUAGGAGAGGAUAAUGCUUGCCUCAGUGGGAUUGAUGGUGGGAUUGACUCCUCUCUCUUGCAGAUAUUAAACAUUGGAGAAGGGAGUCAACCAGUGGGAAUCAAUGUCUUUGAGGGACCUCCUGGUAUGGACCCCCUCAUUCUCAACUCUAGCCCUCUAGUCGCCGCACCUGUACAAGAGCCUUCACUACCAUUAACAUCCAUGACUACAAGUUUGCAGGCCUCUGAAAAUAGAAGCAGUCAGCCUGAUUUGAAAAGGAGAAUCGAGGAGCUGAUUUGCAGGAAGUUGGAACUGGAAGUCCAGUAUAUGGAAAAUGACUAGGCCAAUUUCAACCAAACUUGGCACAAUACAUCCUUGGGCAUUUUCCCCCUCAAGAACCCCAUAGCUAAAUUGCAUGGUCAAAAUGUAAUACAUUUGUAAGACAGUGUGGUGUUUUCCUAAGUAGAUAUAUUAUUUCAUUACUAUAUGAAACAUAUUAUUUAAAAAAGCUGUAAUUUAAGUAGCUCAUAAAGAUUAUCACAUGCCUUUAUUUUUAACCUGCUUUAAUUUAUGUAUAAUUUGAUAAUAUGUACAUAUCUCUAAGUUAUUCAUAGAUUAUAGAAUCAUUAUGGUCAUUAAUCUCAUCUAUGUACAUGUAUAUAAUGUAUUUGCUGAAUAUUCAGAUGGUAUGCAUUUUGUAUGAUAGUGGAUGACUAAGAGUAAUGAAAAUUUACAUCAGUUUGAAUGUACAUUUAAAAUAUGAAUUAUCAUGAUAAAUUAAAAUUUAGUAGUUUAAAAAUGUAUGUGUGGAUUUUGGAGUGUUCGAUUAGUAUUCAACUACAAUGUAUUUUCAUUUUUUUUUUAAUAAUUUCCUUGUGUGGAUAAGUGGUCAAUAUAUGGUAAUAUAUGAUUAUUUGUAUAUAGAUUAAUAUUUAUUAAAGGUUCUGUGUCACACAUAGGUAUGCUUUGCAUUGCAUUGAUUUGAUAUUUGUUAUUAUUUUAUGUUUUUUGCAUUCUGUUAAGUUUUUGAAUAUUCAUAUGAAGUUUAUUCAGUCUAUGAUUUUUAAAGUAAUAGUCGAGUAAGAUAAAUCUAUUUAUCAAUUAUAUACCAUAUAGUAAAUCAGUAGCCAAAUUUGAAGUUCAUUUAUAAUCUAUCAUUUCUAAGCAC